AUGGCUACCAACGGUAUCAAAGUGGGCAGCAAGCGGAAGAAUGCACCCGCUGGCAAGAGUGCUUCAGAUAACAAGUCAAAAAAGGCCAAGUUCGAGAAGAAGGCCGCACCUGUCGAAAGUUCGGAAGACGAUGCAGAAGAUGUUGGAGAGUCUUCAGACUCUGACGACGGAGGAGUUAAGCUGAACCCUCGUGAGAGGGCGAAGCAGGCUCAGGCAAAGGGUGAGAAGACAAGUGGUAGCGGUGAUAAGGGGAAAACUUUCGAGAGAGGCCAAAAUUCUAAAGAGUCUCACGCUAUCCAGAAGAAGCUGGCCCAGGAGCGUAAGGCUGCGAAGCCCCUUGCUGACGAGUUGCAACGAACCAAGAAAAUCUGGGAGAGGUUGAGGAGGAAGUCCCACGUGCCGUCUGAAGAGAGGAAGCAGCUGGUUGAUGAGCUCUUCACCAUUAUCACCGGACGCAUUAAAGACUUUGUUCUCAAGCACGAUGCCACUCGAGCCGUCCAGACUGCAAUCAAGUACUCAACCGUUGCGCAAAAGAAACAGAUCACGCGGGAACUUCAAGGAACGUAUGCCCAACUCGCCGAGAGCCGAUACGCCAAGUUCCUUAUUGCCAAGCUGGUUGUGCAGGCCGACUCAGAGAUCAAGAACAUUAUUAUUCCCGAGUUUUACGGCAAGGUUCGGAAGCUUAUCAACCACCCAGAGGCUUCCUGGAUUCUGGAUGAUAUCUACCGACAGGUUGCGACGAAGGAGCAGAAGGCCAUUCUUCUGAGAGAGUGGUAUGGCCCUGAAUUUGCAAUCCUCGAGCGCAACAAGGACGAGAAGCCGACUUCGGACUUGUCCGAGAUUCUAGAAAGCCACCCCAGCAAGCGCAGCCCUAUCCUAAAGAGCCUUAACGACAUGAUCAACUCGUUGCUUCAGAAGAAGAUGACAGGCUUCACCAUGCUGCACGACGCUAUGCUGCAGUACUUUUUGAACAUUAAGCCUGGCACCGAAGACUUCACAAUGUUCAUGGAGAUGAUCAAGGAUGACGAGACUGGUGACCUCCUGAAGAACAUGGCGUUUACCCGCUCUGGCUCUCGAUUGGUGGCGUUGUUAUUGGCUCACGGCUCGUCCAAGGACCGCAGGAACCUGCUGAAGGCCUACAAGGACAACUUCGUCCUGAUGUCGGGUGAUCCGUUCGCACAUAUCGUUAUUUUGACUGCUUUUGAUGUCAUCGACGACACGAAGAUGACACAAAAAGCCGUCUUUUCUGAGUUGAUUGGCGAUGACAAGGAGAGGGCAACAGAGAAUAUCAUCGUCUCGACGACGAACCCGUUUGCCAGGGCGACUCUUCUGUAUCUGCUUGAGGGUCAGUCUAGGGCACUCUUCCCUGCGAGCAUGAGCGACGAUCUCGCCAUUCUCAAGGAGGUUCAUGAAAUUCGUCAGACAACUAGUAAGAAGGAUGCCGAAGUGCGGAGAAAGGAGCUGGUGGCUGCGAUGUCUCCCGCGCUUGUUGAAGCCGUCAUCUCCUCAGCAUCUACUCUGGUGGCAGAUCCCUUUGGUUGCCAGCUCGUUGCUGACGUGCUGCUCUCUGCCGAAGGUGAUAAGACGGAGGCCUCAAAGGCCAUCGCUGCUGUUGCGGAGGGCGACCCCACCGCGGAGCCCAUGGAGGAGGAUGGCGUCGCACCUCGGGUACACGUUUCUAGGACACCAUAUGGAGGUCGUUUGAUCAAGACGCUGAUCGCUGGUGGCAAGUUUAACAAAGAGACCGGCAAGGUCGAACCUAUUGAUCCGCCGCUGAAGUUCGCCGACAUCUUGUACCCAGUCAUCAAGGGUUACAUCCUCGAGUGGGCGACUGGGCCGAGUUCCUUUGUAAUUCUUAACAUGCUGGAGGCUGAAGAUUUUAGUCAUGCGUUUGAGCUGAAGAAGACUCUGAAGAGCCGCAAGAAGGACCUCCAGAAGGCUGCGACCGAGGAGACGACCGAACAGAAGGCUGACCGGGAAGCAAAGGCCCUAAAAGAGGCCGAGAACGGCGAGAAGGGUGCUAAGAAGGGCAAAAAGGGUGGUGCAAAGUCAGAUAAGCCCAUUGGCAAUCUUGGCAGCAAGCUUUUGUUGGAGAAAUUGUAG